AUGGCUGAAGAGAGGGGCUCUGGGGUUUAUAAAGGUGUGAAACAGGACCCCAGCACUGGAGAACAGACAGGGCAUCAACAGGAGAGAACUGGAAAGCAAAGUACCUCACUUGACCAGCAGGGGGAGGUGUUGUCUUUCUGGAUAUAUCUGGCGUGGUUAACUGAGGUUCAUGAGUUUGCCCAGAAGGAUGUGGUGCUCAUGCUCCUGGGGAACAAGGCUGAUGCCACACAUGACAGAGUGGUCAAGAGAGAGGAUGGAGAAAAGCUGGCCAAGGAGUGUGGAGUGCCCUUUAUGGAGACCAGUGCCAAAUCUGGCCUGAAUGUGGAGCUGGCAUUCACAGCAGUGGCAAAAGAGCUGAAGCAUCGUCUGAUGAAAGAGCCGAGUGAGAAGUUCCAGCUGCAGGAGUACGUCAACAAGGAGAUGAAGGGGGCUGGAUGCUGCAGGACCUAGAUCUCCCC